AUGGCGAGGGCAGCGGAUUCUGUCCUGUUUUACGGUGCGGUGGAGAAGGUUGGGACGGAUGGCUCCAUCCUGUCCCGCAACGUGUGCCUCACACCAUUAGCGCUGCUCGUCUGCCUGCCCGCGGGCGGAGUCACGCGGACGGUGGCGCUCGCCAGCGUUCUGCAGUUGGAAUUUACAAAGCAGGACGUGGCUGGUAAGCCGCGCUGCACGAUACAUGUGCGCGGCGAGGCACCUCUGACACUCGACUUCGCCGAUCAGAGCGGGGCGGGCGACUUUGCCGACGCCGUCGCCAAGGCGACAGGCCACGUGCGGGUGGUGCACCUCGCUGGGACGCCGCUGCGGGAGAGGCAAGUCCGCUCGGACGCCCCGCACGCCGCACCGAGAGGAGUGCGCUUGGUCGAUCCACCCGAACUGUCCGAGCCGUCGUCGUUGGCUGCGGGGAACGAGAGGUGGCUCGGAGUGCCGUCGCCGUCGCCCUCCGUGGAGCCGGGGAGUCGUGCCAGGGCCCAGACCCUCGCGAGGCCCGCGGAGGCGUUGGCGAUGGUUGGGCGAAGGCCGGCGCUGGGUUCGAAGGCCGGCGGUGCGCGUGGCGACGGCGCAAACUCGGACUUGCCCCCCGAGAGCCACGCCUCUCCGCUUCGCCGUGAGGCAUUCCACGAUCCGCAGCGGGCGGGCAGCCAGGACGCGAAUGGUGCCUCGGCCGUCGUGUACGACCUCCGGCGCCCGGCGGAGAGCUCUCUAUACACCAGCGAUAUAACGCGACCAAGGACGGCGCCGCGCAACGACGCAGGUGAGCAUGCCACCCUGUGGCAGGAGCUUGAAGGGCAGCCGCAGCCGCAUGUUGAGUCGCUUCACGACCUUCGUGCCCAACGGGACUCGCUGGCGAAGCUUCAACAGCGUCUCUCAACGGAUUUGGAGUUGCAGAAACAGGCUGUGGGUCGUCUCAGCAGCGAGUUGCAGGAGAAGAAUGCGUUUAUCGAUGACCUAAAGACGGCGCUGCGCUCUCAGGAGGCCGUGUUUCAGGAGAUGCUGCGAUCCACAGAGCAGCGACGUUUGAUGGAGCAUGCCAAAAACGAGCUGGAGAAACAAGUGGAGGUGCUGCAGGCGGAGGUGCGUCACUGGGAGAGCCUCAGUGAGCGUCGAGAAUCCGAGUAUAGAAAGGAACUGGCAACGAAACUCGCAGAGUUGCAUGACUCGCACACCAAGGAAGUAGAGGCGGUGCAGGGGGCCUUUGCGGAGUACGACGCCGAGAUGACGGAGUACGUUUCGAGUCUUCUGACGGACAUGGAUCGCGAGGCACGCAAGUGGGGGGAGCAGCAGCGACUGCUCCAGGACCAAAUUGAGAGUCAACAGCAAGAAAUUGCGGAACUGACGAGUGCCCUUGCGCCGCGGCGAGUUGCCGUGCCUGACUCCAAUUCCGCGUCUCCCGCACUUGCCGAUGUUGAGGCAGAGGCAGAGUCGGGAGCUGGAGAGGCUGAUUGUGUGGACGAAGAUGGCAAGGCAUCGCUGUUGCAGCGCCGGCGCGAAGCCGCGCGACCAUCCCGGCGUCCUACUUCGCCUGCGACCGCAAUGUCGGCGUUGGGGCAACGCUUGGCGUCGUUGGAGGAGGGGCGGGCACGUCUACAGUUGGGUGAAACGCUGCGCCGCUACGCCCACAGGCGCGGUCAUGAAACCGGUAGCGGCGCCUUCGGCGGCCAUGCGGAGCGGGAGGGGCAGCAAGUGCGCGGCCGAGCGGCGGCUGAAGCUGCGGCCGCGGCGUCGCCACAACUUCUGCAGACGCCUCUUCUCGGGCAGGAAGCGGGGAACGAGGCGCCGUCGCGGUUGGUGUCCCCUGGCGAGUCGCGCGGUGUCCGUAGUCGCGCCAUUCUCUGA